AACAAGACGAUGGAUUAGUUCCUGAAAGUCACUCUACUUGGAUUGAUAAUGAUUUUGUUGAGGAGCGGUUUGAAUUCGUUACGACACGACAGCCUGACGCCAGCCUGACUUCUGGCUUGCAGUAGAGCUCUCCUUCCGAUCCUGUCAAUGGUCUCAGAUUUGAAAGAAAAAUACUCGAACAGUGAUAUCUAUACAUCGCUUGUGGAAGGAAUGGGCGAGUGCUGGCAAUCACUCAGUCUUCGCAAGUAGAGAAUGUCCCUGCUGAUUACCAGCUGAGAGACAGCUAUUCUGUGCUGUGAAACGAAGGGACGAUUCUUGAAGUGGAAGAACAAUCGUACAUGUACUAGAUGUGCUGAUCUACUUGUAUGCAAUGUCACCCACAGUGUGUACAAACCUGUAGGCUAAAGCCGGUGUUACACUGGGGUUUUCUGGAUCUUCAAAGCACCAGAAGUAGUAUGUGUACUAUUGAAAGCGCCCAUUCCGUCUUGGAGGUGUGCAUCACAUUGACAUUGUGCAUGCGGUCUUUUACUAGUACAUGUGUUUGGUCAGAGUCUCAUCUCUGUGUGUGUCUGUCUCUCUGUUUGCUUGUGUGUCGGUGUGUGUGUGUGCGCGUGCGCGCGCAUAUGUGCUUAUGUGUCUUCAUGUGUGAGCAGUGUGUACUUUGAAUGUGCCGUGCACAACUGUUUUGUGUGUGUAUGAGCUUGCAAUUGCCUUGCAUGCGCUUUGAACAUGUGUUCAUGUACGUGCUCCGCAGGACUUGUGAUUUUGCCUGACCUUUGAAACCAAUUGGACUGCCUGCCCUGGCAAGGGACUCUUAUUGCCUAGCUUCUUGUUAUGGCGGCAUCAACAGUAGCACGUAACGCCACCUGACCUGUCGUUGCUUCACAGCUGCUGCUUUCUCACUCCCGCUGUAUCAGUUCGGCGUAUUGCCCAGCUGCACCGUGUAGCCGUGUUGUGAAACAGCAUACCGGUGCUCCCUGCUCAGUAGCUGUUGUCAGUACCAGGAACUUGGUGAGUGUAGCGGACACAGGUAGUGGCGAGUACACUGCGUCGCUGGUGACACACCGUCACUGGAAAUGCCCCGCGUCACGCAGUGCAGCGCGUCACUAUUCCGCUCCACCACGUGUCACAAACGCAGCGUUGCAAGGGCUGCUAGCGCAAGUGCAGCGUCUCCAGCAUGCUAGCAGGAACAGCGCAGCAACAGUGGCGGAGCACUGAGCCCGGAGCAGAGGUCCCGAUUGGCUUCCGCUUGUCAUAUGCUGUGCGCUGCGAUCGGGUCGUUGCUCAGCACCAUCCCUUACUUGCUGCAGCAAUGUUCCCGCUACAAUACUUACCCGGGUGUAGCCAGCAACGGACUGCGAUCUAGUGUAUCCAUAUUCUCCACGUGUACAUUGGUGCUUGAUGACAUCAUCAAGUCACUGCUUACCUCAUCGAAUACUAGGAGAGAUUUCGCACAGGCUGUGUCAGCACUUGAAGAACAUUCAGAGCUGCUCAGGGAUCACGCGCAGCUUUUUAAAGUCAUUUACGCUGUCGUGCAAGUGGACAAGACUGGCGACCUGAUCGUUGAUCAUACUCAGUUUCCGGACGACUUUCUGGACACUGCUGAGAGUAUGGAGCGGAGAAGCUUCUAUGGACGGUGCCUCGGCCUUCAUAGUGCCAGCUCUGAGCCUUCUAAGGCAGUCAUCAUUCACUUCCAUGGUGGAGGGUUUCUGGCGCAAACGUCACAGUUACAUGUGAGCUAUCUAAGCCACUGGGCCAACCAGCUCAACGUUCCCGUGGCGUCCGUUGACUACAUGACGGCCCCCGAGCACCCGUACCCACGUGCCGUCAACGACUGUUUCUACGCGUACGCCUGGGUGCUGAGGAACGCCACCAGCCUGGGUACCACUGCCGAGAAAGUCAUCCUGGCCGGCGACUCGGCUGGAGGUAACUUUGUCUUCGGAGUGGCAUUCCUCGCUGCGCAGUACCAGCUUCGGAAGCCGUGUCUGGUUCUGGGCGCGUACCCUGCUCUGAAAAUCUCACUGGAUCUGUCACCGGCACGCUGCCUAAGCGUAAUGGAUCCGCUGUUACCCAUUGGAACGCUGCGGGCAUGUUUGAAUGCGUACCGGGGGAGUGGCAGCACGCCAGAGUAUCACCCGAACACCGGUCACCUGUCACAGCUGCAGUCGGGCAUCCACCACUGUCAUGCCACCAUUCUGAAUGCUUCGCCGGCUUACCUCUCUCCACUGCUGGCCAGUGAUGAGAUGCUGCACAGCUUACCAUCGGUUGCAUUGCUGGUAAGCCACUAUAGCACACAUGGCAGUACGGUAUGAGCUAUGCAUUCACAUACCAGUAGCUGAGGAGUGCUAAUUCCGUACUUAUAGUAUUGACAAGCUAGCCUAUUGAUCAGGAACUGUCCGCAAAUACACCCCUGUCCAAAACUCUUUCGAGAAGGAACCUUUCCGAUGCCCCGGAAAACCCAAGCACUGCUAUACCACACGUAGGUGUGUGAAUUGUGACUAGAUGCAAUAGUCAUGUACAUGUAACUAAGUUAGGCAACCUUACAACAUGUGCAAUGUUGGAAGUGUGUUUCACCAAAAAGGAGACCAAGAGUAGAGAGUCUUCUGUGUAGUCUCUACAUGUGACAUGAUGAGCAUGUAAACAACCUAAUUCUGAAGUACAUGCACAUGUACAGUAGGAGGAAGAAGCUUGCUUGGCUGCUGAGUUGCUUGGUUGCUGUUUGGUCUGGAGCUGACUGGGGCUGCUGUUAUAUCUUCAGUUUGGCUGAGUUGGCAGUGUCCUGCCAUUGGAUGAAGUCCUGGUCCAGGUCUCGUCUAAUCCUUAGCGCUAGGGCUGGGUUGUGCGUUGCGUCUAGCUGUAUUACCUACAUCGCUACAUCGCUGCUUCACGAGCUGGAUCACGCGCUGGAGUGGAGUGCUCGCGCCUCUGUUCACACUGGUGGUUUGUCUUCACGACGCUAUUUUCGCGACUUGCUGCGGCCGUGUCUGCGGUAGUCUGGUGCAAAAUGAACCUGGGUGACGUUGUAGACUUAGCCAUUCUCACUUUCGAGGAACUGCGAGGUUUAGCUCGGCGGCAUAGCAUUGAUGGCCUGGACAGUAUGGCUCGCGCGGAGGUGGUCGGGAAACUUCGCGAGGCUGGUGUGGGUGUGUUACACCCAUCAGCUGCUGGAGUCGUUGAGCGCUUGGGUGAGAUGAUGCAGAUUGUCGUUGGCAUCAGUGACGAGUUGGCAGCGCUGAGAGACGGCCAGGGGCGGGAGAUCACGGCUGCAGAGGAGAAGGGUAUCCCCUUACUAGAGGUUGAAGCGAUUGUGAAGCGGGAACUGGCAUCUCUCUCUGACAGAGUAGGCGACUUGGAGAGGGCCAGCGGCGGGAAACAGCACAAGCAUGCCCGGCCGCAGGUGACUGCUCCACUGGCGAGCUAUUCGAAGAUUGGAAGAGCACAAAGAGACCUACAUGCCACAUCCCCAGGUGAAGGAUCAAUGCUUCAAGACGUUGCCAGGAAUGAACCCAAGGAGUUGUAUUCACAGGCCAUAUCUAGAGAUGCUGCCCCAAUCGACCUUCCAAUGGACAUAUCGGUUGAUCAGGCGCCCUUCGAGGAUGUCAUGUCCAGGAAAGAGCGUCGACGCUUCAAGAGGCGGCUAGCAUCAGAACCUUCCGGGACGGAGAAGGCUACAAGUCCUGCAGAACGGCAGACUGACAGUCGCAAAACGCAGACAAAUCCCAUCCGCCGCCACGAGUCUUCACGUUACAUCCGGGAACGUACGUCCGAUAGCAACCCGACACCUUCGUUAGACACCGUCCCCAGAGGCCCGCGGAAAGUUCUCUACCUGGGGCAAAUCCCGUAUGGUUGCCAGGCACAGUCCAUCGCUGAAUGGUGCAGAGAUCGGGACGUGGAGAUAGUGCAAUGUAUUAUAUACUCUUCUGAAUACUUCAGAACGGCCUCCGCGAGAAUAACAGUUGACGCUGAGGACGUGAACAAAGUUAGUGAAAAGUCUUUCUGGCCUGAAACAGUUGCAUACACUCUCCGUGACUGGCGCUUCAGGUCCGACCAAGCAGAGGCGCAAUGAACACCUCGAUACUGAAUGCGCAGGCUCCAACUUUCUUUCCGGGUAGAUUGCGCCAUCCGAAAGCACCUUUCAGAGACAGGGGAGGACUGAGUGGCGACGCUAAGCUGAAAGUUCUACUGAUAAACAUCAGGAGCCUUCGAAACAAGAUUAAUGACCUAGCACAACUCACCCGCCAGCAUUGUCCUGAUAUUGUCUGUGUGAACGAGACAUGGCUGGAUAGUACCAUUACUGAUGGAGAAAUCACGUUGGCAGGUUACAAUGUUUUGCGUGCUGAUCGAGAGGAUCAAGUUGGUGGAGGUGUCUGCUUAUAUUCCCGAACAUCCUUGCCUCUCCAGCCGAGAUGCGAUAUAGCUGCUGCUGGGGUUGAGAGUUGUUGGGGCGAGAUUCCCUGUACUGGUGGGAGUUGCUUGAUAGGCACAAUCUAUCGUCCUCCCUCUGAACCUAUUGGCUACUGGGAUCGCCUUGAUGGUCUUCUACACUCAGCUAUCACUCCGGGCAGGAACGUUAUACUGUGCGGUGACUUAAAUGUGAAUGUGGAUCCAUCAACGGCUCCAGAUCAUCAGCUCCAUUUCCUGUCUGAUCUAACGGCAAGCUACAGUCUCCACCAGGGCGUUCAUCAGCGGACACGGUUUGCAUCUAAUUCCACACCCACCACAUUGGAUCUGUUCUUCAAUACGUUUGACCAGCACAAUGUGGCAACGAUCCAUCCCGUGGCUUUCAGCGACCAUGCAGCGGUCAUAAGUGAAUUCUACCUUGACCCGACAAGGAGUCCCGAGACAUCAAUGUUGUGCCGGAACUACCGAAGGAUCAAUCAUGAACGCUUCAAAGCUGACUUGAUUCAGCAGAAUUUUUGCAGCAUCGAAGGCAGCCCAACAGACAUGUGGACGGAGUGGAAUAGUCGCUUCCUGCAGGUGCUUGACACUCAUGCCCCUCUUGGAUCUUGUAAGCAGCACAAGCGACAAUCGGUACCGUGGAUGGACAGCCAGCUCUUGCACCUUUUGAGUAAGCGCAACCGGCUUCACAGAAAGUGGCUGUCAGACAGAUCUGAGCAAAGGUACGCCACAUUCAAAGCGGCGAGAAGGGAGGCCACUACCUGUAACCGGAAGCUGAAAGAAGCGUACUACAGUACAAAAUUUCAGCUUGCGACUUGUGAUGUAAAACAAACCUGGCGAAUCAUCAACCAGUUGACGGGGAAACAAAGAAAAUCGGCACCGCUUCAGUGCUCAGCUGAGGCAAUUCGAAGUGCUUUCGCCAAGAUCGUGGAAGAUCCAAGCCGCCCAGUUCAUCUUCACCUACCCCAAGGGCCACGAACGGCAACUAGUUUUGUGGAAUUUGUUCCUGUAUCUAUUGCAAAAGUCCGGAAGCUUCUAGAGCAACAGAAUCCGACGAAGGCAACUGGCAGUGACGGCAUCCCUGCAGCCCUUCUUCGAGCUCAUGCAGAUGUUCUUGCGCCGUCAUUGGCCUUACUGUUCAACAAAUCCAUGAGGGAGGGACAUUUCCCAGCUCCUAUGAAGGUGGCCAGCAUUUCACCUCUGUUUAAAGGUGGUGAUCCCAGCAUAGCAAAGAAUCACAGACCCGUGUCUCUAAUGUCGAUAGUUUCAAAGCUUUUGGAGCGAGUCAUCCAUGAUCAGCUCACUCAGUACUUGUGCCGACAUGAUCUAUUUCCACCAACUCAGUUCGGCUAUCGUUCACAUCAUUCCACAUGUGAUGCCCUUGUAUUAGCCGUUGAGGGCAUAUGCCAAGCCCAGACAAAAAAGUACUUCACGGGGAUUGCUUUCGUAGAUAUGUCAAAAGCAUUUGAUAAGGUGAAGCACCAAACCCUUAUUCAGGACCUAUUCGAGGUUGGAAUUGGUGGAACGGUGCUGCAAUGGCUUGCAGACUACCUCUCAGAUCGGACACAGUAUGUCAAAGUCGGUCAGGUACAGAGCUCACCAUACACCAGCUUCUCCGGAGUACCACAGGGGUCAGUUCUCGGGCCCCUGUUGUUUGUUCUCUACGUCCGUGACAUUGCGAAAGAGCUGUCCCCUUACAACGUUGCGACCCUGCAGUUUGCGGACGAUAUCUCAAUUAGAUCCAGCGGCAUGAGCACGGAUGAGGUGUCCCAAAAUCUCUCAAGUGCUGUCCAGCACCUCGCCGAUUGGCUUAGGAACCGCGGUCUCAUCUUGAAUGAAACGAAGACACAGAUCAUGUCGAUAUCGCCAGUACGAUCUCAAACAUUUGACUUGCAAGUGCAAUGUAAUGGACUGCCUCUGCCAACUGUUCGCUCUGCGAAAUAUUUAGGUCUCCACUUUGAUGCGGACAUGAGCUGGAACACCAUGGUCGACCACGUCGCACGGGGCGUCGCGUCGAAAGUUGGCGUGCUCAGACGAUACGCUACGUUCCUGCCUUUUCAAUGUCGCAUAGCCUAUUUUCGUUCUUUCAUUUUAUCACACUUUAUGUAUGCCGCUUCUGCUUACUUACCAUUUCUCACGGCGUAUCAAAGUAGACGGCUUAAUGGGCUCUUCAAGCGUGCUGUACGCACAGUCUGUCGGGUACCUCCCGGGACACCCACAAGCAAUAUUCUUACGCGCAUGAACAUCCAAACAUUGACCACAUACGCCAACAUGCACCUUCUGGUUUUUAUCUGGCGUUGUCUCCAUGACUCCUCUAACAUCAGCAUGUUGUUCGCUAACUUUUUCAGCCGCAGUAAUUCCACUCAAACUCGUGGUGGGCACAGUAAUUUACUGAUUGUCCCAGCCAGCCCAACUGCA